AUGUGUGUCCAGCUGCCCUGGGCGGGCGGCGCCUCCAAACCGCUCUCCGGCUCCCCCUGCUCUCGCCAGGCCAUCUUCGAGAUCCUCACGUCCGAGUUCUCCUACCAGCACAGCCUGGGCAUCCUGGUGGCCGAGUUCCUGCAGUCCCGGGAGCUGCGGGCCACCAUGACCCAGACCGAGCACCACCACCUCUUCUCCAACAUCCUGGACGUGCAGGGCGCCAGCCAGAGGUUCUUCGAGGACCUGGAGCGGCGGCACAAGGCGCAGGUGUGCGUGGAGGACAUCAGCGACAUCCUGGAGGAGCACGCGGAGCGGCACUUCCACCCCUACGUCGCCUACUGCUCCAACGAGGUCUACCAGCAGCGCGCCUUGCAGAGGCUCACGAGCAGCAACCCCGCCUUCCGAGACGCCCUCCGGGAGAUCGAGAGGCGGCCGGCGUGCGGCGGCCUGCCCAUGAUCUCCUUCCUCAUCCUCCCCAUGCAGCGGGUCACCCGGCUGCCCCUCCUGACCGACACACUCUGCCUCAAGACCCAGGGCCACCCCGAGAGGUACAAGGCCGCCAGCCGCGCGUUCAAAGCCAUGAACAAGCUGGUGAAGCAGUGCAAUGAGGGGGCCCACAAGAUGGAGCGCAUGGAGCAGAUGUACACGCUGCAGACACAGCUGGACUUCGGCAAGGUCAAGUCCCUCCCGCUGAUCUCCGCCUCCCGCUGGCUGCUGAAGCGCGGGGAGCUGUUCGUGGUGGAAGAGACCGGGCUGUUCCGGAAACUCGCCAGCCGGCCCACGUGCCACCUGUUCCUGUUCAACGACGUCCUGGUGGUCAGCAAGAAGAAGAGCGAGGACAGCUUCGUGGUCCAGGACUACGCCCACGUGGACCACCUCCAGGUCCAGAAGGUGGAGGCCACGGAGCUGCCCCUGCCAGGCGGCGUCAACCGCAGCUCGUCUGUGCCGCACCCCUUCCAGGUGACCCUGCUGCAUAACAGCGAGGGCCGCCAGGAGAGGAUCCUGCUGUCCUCUGACUCCGCGAGUGACCGGGCCCGCUGGAUCACUGCGCUGACGUACAGGGAGCAGCAGUGGCUGGGCCUCGCCAACAAGGGAGACCUGCCGCAGGUGGAGGUCACCAAGGCCUACUUCGCCAAGCAGGUGGACGAGAUCUCGCUGCAGCAGGUGGACGUGAUGCAGGUUCUGCAGCAGGAGGACAGAUGGUUCUAUGGCGAGAGGCUGCGGGAUGGAGAGACGGGCUGGUUCCCCGAGGACUUUGUCCAGAGCAUCACCAACCUCGGGGCCGUGGAGGGCAACAUGCGCAGGAUGGAGCGGCUGUGCGUGGAGACAGACGUGUAGCUCGCCCCGCCGGAGCCUCCGGUGGCUUCAGCCCACAUUCCAGCCAGCGAGUGGCCGUGCCAGGCCCUGGGGGCACAGUGACUCGUCCCAGACCCAUCCUGGAUCUCCCCGAGGACCUUGCGCUGCAGUGAUGGCUCCAGGCAAGCUCGUGGGGCCACACCAGCCCUGACCCCUGGCCCAGUCCCCAGGAGGAGCCCAGCGGCCGUGGCCACUGCCCCCUACCCAGCUCCCGCCAGCCCGCCCUGCCCUGUGCACCCAGAACUGGGCCACAGGUGACGCGGAGGGGCCCCGAGAACUGUGGGGAUGGCGUGACUGUCUACCUCCUGCCCCACUCGUGCCCCGUGUGCACAGGAGGCCUCGCGCCCAGGGCUGUGCUGGGUC